AGUUUUUUUUAAAUAAAUAAUACUAAAAAAUCUAAUUUCUAUUAAUAUUUUUUUUUGAAAAAUGGACUGUAGUGAUUUUACUGAUACCUACAUUAAAAAAUCAUCCGAUAAUGCACUGGCAUUUUUUAAGGCCAAAGGACAUUCCGAUAAAAUGGCCGCUGAAAUUAUGGCCUACAAAUUAAGAUUGAUUAUAAGCAAAUCGGGUAACGAGUGGACACUUAGCCGGAUAAAUAGUAACGGUAAACAGCAUACACUUAAAUUUGAAUUGGACAAGGAGUUUGACGAAAUUCUACCCAAUGGCCAUAUAGCCAAGAGUAUUGUGUCGGCUGGCAAUGGAUGCAAACAAUUCAUACAUAAACAAUUAGAUGGGGAACUGGAGAUAAAAUUUAUCUACGAUUUCAAUAAUAGCGAACCAGUAGUGACGGGAAUCAUUGGCGGAGUGACCGCCAAAUGGUUUUUUGCUAAAGAUUGA